AUGGGGGACCCGACAAUGAGUGAUGCGACAGAGAAGCAUAAAAACAUUCCAAAUCCCGUGUGUGUCCGUCCCUGCGUGCUCAAACGGACAAGUUUCAUUUUCAGCGAAUCUUCCCAGCAGAUAAAAAACAACAGAGAUGAUAGCAAAGAUGAAACUCUGGUCCAAUACUGCCUCAAAACCCUCUGGCUCUUUACAUUCAGCGAUUUUAAAACCAUCGUCGUUCCAUCCACGGCCUUCGCCAUCCUGACAGCCGUAUCUGGUCCCUCCCUAACUACCAAUUCUUCCGUACCGUCUUUGUCCGACCUGUAUCCCCGCUUGCCCCUCGUCCUCUCCUGGACAUGGCUCACCCUCCUCCUCGUUGACAUCGCCAAUCAACGCCAUCCUGGCUCCGUCCUUGAAGACAGCCUCAACAAACCAUGGCGGCCACUUCCUUCCGGUCGCAUUUCAACGUUCGGAGCCCGCCGACUACUGCUCAUCGCUAUCCCAUCUGUUCUCGCAAUCACCAAGUUCUUCCUUCCUCAAGGCCUCCCCGUUACCAUCAUCGCUAUCAUUGGCUCUUACAUGUACAAUGACCUCGGUGGUGCAGACGAAAGCUUCCUCGUACGCAAUCUGAUGAACGCUGCCGCCAUUACAUGUUUUGGCGCCGGUGCAGCUCAAGUUGCAAUUGGCGAACAAGUCGCGCUGAACGUCGACGCUUACCGAUGGCUGGCAAUAAUUGCUGCCAUUGUCACCACCACGAUCCAGGUGCAAGACAUGGAAGAUCAGGAAGGGGAUCGCGCGAGGGGACGGGUGACUAUUCCUCUGUUUCUAGGAGAUGUAACGGCAAGACAUAGCAUUGCGCUGCUGGUCUCGGCAUGGAGCUUCGUAUGCCCUGCUUAUUGGGGUCUAAAUGCUUUGGGGUAUGUGUUGCCAGGGGCAGUGGGAUUGACAAUCGCUGGGAGAACCCUCACGAUGCGGAAUGUCCAGGCAGACAAGGAUAAUUGGAGGGCUUGGAACAUAUGGAUGAUGACAUUGUACUUGUUACCCGUGUGGGAGGACAUCUUUAGCACUGUCGCAAGUGGUGUUCGAAAUUGGUGUUAA